AUGAAUAUUCAAAGUAGUCAAAAGUUAACUAAAUUAAUAGGUUACCAAUAUCUUGGUACAAUACCAUAUAGAAGAUCAUUAGAGUAUCAAAAUAUUUUAGUAAAGAAAAGACAGAUCUUUGAUGCUCUAUCAGAGGAUGAAAAGAAAAAUACAAAAGAAAUACCGGAUAUCUUGUUGCUAUUGCAACACCCACCAACCUAUACAAAUGGAGUUAGAAACAAUUAUAAUGUCGCAACCGAAGAGAUGGAUCGUUUGAAAUCGUUAGGUGCUGACUAUGUUGCAAUUAGAAGGGGUGGUGAAAUAACCUAUCAUGGCCCAGGCCAAUUGGUUGGAUACCCCAUUAUCAAUCUUAGAAAUCACGGACUUGGAUUGCGAGACUAUGUACAUAGGCUGCAAGAUUCGAUUUUGGAUACCUGUUCGAAAUUCGAUGUGCCUUGUUCCACCUCUUCGGAGAACAUUGGUGUUUGGAGAGGAAACAAAAAGAUCGCUGCACUCGGUGUACAUCAUCAACGGUAUGUAACUAGUCAUGGUUUUGCACUGAAUUGCACUACCGAUCUGAAAUGGUUCGAUCAUAUAAUACCUUGUGGUUUGAAAAACAAAGGUGUUACUUCAUUCAUGCAUGAGAAAGGUACUGUUGGUCAAACUAAUCCAGAGCCAAGUGUCGAAACGGUUGUCGAAGCCUAUAGAGAUAGUUUUUCAAAGAUAUUCAAUGUACAACUUAAACCACUACAUGAAAUCGCACCAUACCUAUGUUUAGAAUCACAAGAGAUGCAAAAUGAAUUAAUUGAAACAUAG